UGCCCCUAUCUUUGCACACCCUCCAAUAAAACAAACUUUUCUUUUAACCCCUAAAAUCCUUCUCUAAUUGCAAUUUUACCCUCUUUUUUGUUCUUUAUUGUCACUCUCCCAUUUUUACACUCAAACACAACUCCAUAGGCGCGCGCUCAGCACAUAUAUUCUCUGACUCAUAAUUUCUGCACUUUACCUUUUAGUUUACUUCAUGUCCAAAACAUUCUCUUCGUCGGCUCCGGCCACCGCGCCGCUCACGAUUAAACCGGAACAUUACUCUCACAGUCCUGUCCACUACGCUGUCGUUUUAGGUGAUCACACUACUCUUUCGAGGCUUGUUUCUUCACUCCCUCGUUUAUCCGAUCCGUCUCUGAUCCAUAAUGAGUCCGACUCACUCAAUCAAGAACGAGUCGCCGAUAAGAUUUCUGGUGUACUUGACCGGAGAGAUGUUCCCUACCGGGAAACGCCACUUCAUCUCGCUGUACGGUUAAACGACUUAUUUGCUGCGCGUGCACUCGCUGCUGCUGGCGCUGACGUGUCACUUCAAAAUUCAGCUGGUUGGAAUCCUCUCCAAGAAGCUCUAUGUCGCCGGAGCUCUGAAAUCGCUUCAAUUCUCCUCCGUCUCCAUCACCGCUCAGCCUGGGAGAAAUGGCGCCGAAGGCUGCCACGUGUCACCGCCGUACUUCGCAGAAUGAGAGACUUUUACAUGGAAAUUUCAUUCCAUUUCGAAAGCUCAGUCAUUCCAUUCGUCGGAAAAAUCGCUCCGUCGGACACUUACAAAAUCUGGAAACGCGACGCUAAUCUUCGAGCCGACACUUCAUUAGCUGGCUUCGACGGCUUAAAAAUUCAACGAGCAGAUCAAAGCUUCCUCUUCCUCGGCGACGGCGAUCAAAACUACAACGUUCCAUCAGGUUCAUUGCUUGUACUCAACCGCGACGAACAAAAAAUCUUCGACGCUUUUGAAAAUGCAGGAGCUCCGAUGAGCGACUCCGAAAUUUCCGGAUUCUGCUCACAAACAAGCGUUUACCGCCCCGGAAUGGACGUUACAAAAGCGGAACUGGUCGGUCGGACAAAUUGGAGAAGACAGGAGAAGACUGAGUCAGUCGGAGAAUGGAAAGCUAAAGUAUACGAAGUCCAUAACGUCGUUUUCAGCUUCCGUUCACGUAAAGUUGCUAAUGAAAACGACGUAGCCGGAAGCGAACAAGUUUUGCCGUUAGAAUUAGACGAAGACGACGACGGAUUCUUAGUAGCUGAAAAUCCGAGUUUUGCAUUCAACAAUAACACUAAUAAUGACCGGAGAAGACAUAGUAGUUUCGUUAGAGAAGAGAGGGAGUGGAUAACCGUCGGUAGAAAAAGCGUCGACAUAAUUCCUUCGUCAUCGAUGUCAAAGCCGCCGAGGAGAUCGUCGGUUGCUUUAGCGCCGACUCCACCGACGAAGGAGAAGGAAUACAUGAAGAGUUUACGGCCGUCAAUUUGGUUGACUGAGCAAUUUCCGUUAAAGACGGAGGAGUUACUGCCGUUACUUGAUAUUUUGGCAAGUAAAGUUAAGGCGGUGAGACGGAUGCGAGAAUUGCUGACUACGAAAUUCCCGGCGGGGAGUUUUCCGAUAAAGUUGGCGAUUCCGGUGGUACCAACGGUGAGAGUAAUAAUAACAUUCACAAAGUUCGUCGAGCUACCGCCAACUGAACAAUUCUACACUCCACUUUCAAGUCCGAGGCAUUUCGGUAACGUCGGAGGAAAAUCCGUUGAGAAUGAUACAAGAUCGACUGGCUGGCUGAGGCGAAACGACAGCCAGUCUGCAAGCAAACGGCAACAACAAGAAGCGGAUCCAUUUGCUAUACCUAGUGGAUAUAAAUGGUCAAAUGCUGAUGAUAAAUCUAACAAAUUGAAAAAAACUAAGUCAGUAAAGAAAUCUAAGUAAUUUUGUUAUUUGUAUUUACUUAAGAAGAGGAAAAUAGAAGAUUUUCAAGUAGGUGAAUGAAAGAAAGGAUUAAUUAACCUUAGUUGAUCAUGGAUUUGUAAGUGUUUUUGGAAUUUGCAAAAUAGUUUUGAUAGAUAUAAUACAAAUUUCUUAUCCAAUCAUGGGUACUUGAAGAUGAA